UAGUUUGCCGCCGUCGCUCAGUCUUUGUUUUGGUACACGACGUCAAUCACCUCUCCGAUCGUGCGCCGGUUGCGAUUAUCGCGUUACGAUUCGCGUGGUCGUUUUCAAUUUAUUUCCCUCUCUUCUUUGGCCGACACACUUCUCACGAUAUUUUUUUUUCUUUUGAUUUCUGCUUUCUUCUUUGAUUGCUUUUAAUUAAACAAAAAAAAAAAAAAAUGUUCAUUGUAAUGUAAAUGUUACAGCUACCACCACAAUACGCCGGCAUUGAGAAUUAUAUCAACAUUGACUGUACCCCGAUUCGUAAGACAAUUAACACAUUUUUUUUAUCGGUCCAUCCAAUAAGAACAAAAGGAGAACGCGUUAUAAAAAAAAUAAUCCAGUAAAUUGUAUUCGACGGUUAGAUAAAUAAAGGACCGACCCAUGAAUAACAAAAGUCCCGCCAAUUCGAUUUUCGAUGGAUUCAAAAACAAUGCCAUGUCCAAGCUGGGCGUCACAAAACUUCUCUCUCAGAGUUUUUCCCCGACAUUUGGCGGAUCAUCAAAACCCGGACACGCGGCCAGCGCUGAUGAUGUAUCAGCUUCGGGUAGCCAUCUCGGACACCAUGGCCAUCAUGGUGGUACCGCGACCAGUGCCACUGAUCAUUUGCUCCACAAGGACAUAGCGGCGGUGGCCCAAGGAGGAUGGAAUGUUACCAAGUCGUUGAUGAAUGUAAAAUCUGAAGACGACCACGUGAGUCUGUCCCGAGCAUGCAUACGAACACCAGGGUGGAAAAAGAACGAUCGUUGUUCGUCCAUGACCGAACUAAGUAAAGGACCACCGGCAGUGCCAUCUGAAAAAGUUGGACAAAUCAAUUUUGGUUUGGAGUAUGAUUACCAGCAAAACACAUUGAUUUUGCGUAUAAUAGCAGCUAAAGACUUGCCGGCUAUGGACUUAAGCGGUACAUCCGACCCGUAUGUUAGGGUUACUUUACUACCAGACAAAAAACACCGGUUAGAUACAAAAGUUAAACGCCGGACAUUAAAUCCACGAUGGAAUGAAACAUUAUAUUUUCAGGGUUUCACCAUGCAAAAAUUGCAUAACAGAACACUUCACUUGCACGUUUUUGACUACGAUAGGUUUUCGAGGGAUGACUCCAUCGGAGAAACAUAUAUUGAACUGAACAAUGUUGAUUUUACGGCCAAACCGGUGUUUUGGAAAGAUUUAACCGCUCCGUUGAAGGAUAAGUGCGGACAUUUACUUACAUCACUAUCAUACAAUCCAAUGACUAACAACCUAACACUUGGAAUUAUCGAAGCAAGAAACCUGAAAGCUAUGGACAUUAAUGGAAAAUCAGAUCCGUAUGUGAAAGUUUGGUUGCACAUCGGUGAUAAAAAAGUAGAAAAACGUAAGAGCGUCGUAUACAAGUGUAAUUUGAAUCCAGUAUUCGAUGAAAAAUUUGAAUACACGUUGCCUGUGGAGCAACUCAGAGAAGCUGCACUAGAAGUAAUGGUAAUGGAUUUUGAUAACAUAGGCCGAAACGAGCUCAUUGGUAAAAUCACAAUAUCAUCUAAUAAAAAUGCAACUGGACAGUUAGAAGCACAACACUGGAAGGAUAUGUUAAGCAAACCCAAACAAAACGUCGAGUAUUGGCAUCGGUUAAAACCUGAAUGAUCCGAAGGGGGUGGGUGUAUUAAUUUUAAUAUUGUUCAUUGAAACAAUUAUUAAUUAUACCCAAUACAAUAUAAAUAAUUUAUAAGCAUAUUAUAUUUAUAUGUAUUUUAUUAAAUUAACGUAAAAAUUAUCUAUAAAUAUAAUGAUAACCAGAAAUGAAACAAUUCAAUUAUAUAAAUAUAUAUUAUUUACUAUAGUAAAAUAUUUAAAAUAAUAUUUUAUAAAAUGUUAUCGUGAAUUGAGUGAUUACGUUAAACUAAGUUAUUUUAAAAAUAAGUUAGAUAUUAAAAUAUGAGGAAAUACUUGUUUUCGAUAUUAAAUUUAUUUACAUAAUAUAAAACAUUAUAUAUUUGGUUAAAAUAUUAAAUGAUGUAUUAAAAUUUGUUUAGUCUAACAUGUUAAUUAUAAUAUAUUUUAAGUCGAAUGAAAAAAUACAGUGUAUAUCUUAGCGUUGUUACAUUUUUGCUAUUAAUUUAUAGUUUAAUUUUAAUUCUUUGACAUAAGUUAAGCAUGUAUGUUGAAGCACCAAGAACAUUUAGUAUUUAAACUUGUAAUGGGUAAGUGAUUUCAAGAAUUUAUAUGUUCAUUUUAAUUUUACAUUUUGUUAAGUAUAUUUAAUUAAUAAAUAGCGUUUUGUUUUUGUUAGCUAAUUAUUAAUCGCUAUCCAUGCAUACACUUACACGACAUUAU